AUGGCCUCCAAAUCCAAUCGAAAAGAGCGCCGGCCCUUGUUACGUGUUCGCACUGGCUGCUUGGCUUGCAGAGCCCGGAAGAAGAAGUGCGACGAGGGGAAGCCUGUCUGCAAGGGAUGUACCCGGAACGGUCUUCAUUGCCAAUGGCCAGGUGAUAUACUCGGAGAGCAGUCAAAGGAUGAUCGUUCGCCAAGAAAGUCUUCAUCUCCGGCUCUUUCUGCGACAGACGGUUUUUCAAGUCUUAGUGAAUCGCACCCGAUCGAGGAUCAAGCCACAACAGAGCGCGGUUAUGGACGGGAUCGCUCUUCCCCCCUGGCAUUAUGCUCCUACGACGAUUUCUGCCCCCUCGAUCCGGAGUAUUUCAAGGAGGAAGGUUUUUCCGCUUUAGAUUCGACUCGCGCCUUGAUUGAUUCUGGGGAGGGUGGGCUCGGUUUCGAAGAAGCAGCUUCAGUCGAGUCCCCCUUGUGGUUGGUCAGAACUUCGCUUACCAAAUUGAAUGAAAUGAUUCCUGCCCAUCUGCAGUUCAUACCUCAGCUGGACCAUGAUCGAUUUGAGCUUUUCGGACACUACAUUCAGACCACAGCAAAUAGCAUGUCCAAUGGUUCAACCUCAUCCAACCCUUUCUUGGUCCAGCUUCUGCCCCUUGCCGUUUCGAGUAACCUCGUCUUGGAAUCGAUUCUCGUACAAAGCUGCGCCCAUCGUGCUGUACGCACUCCUGUUACAAUAGGACCAGACGUGCUCAUCCUUUACAACAAAUCUUUACGAUCUUUGAGGUCUGCAAUUGACAACAAUGCCGCACAUGGAAAGGAAGAUUUGCUGUCACUUAUCGCUAGUAUGUUAAUUCUGUGCUUCACAGAGACCGCUCGUGGCGAUGUGACUGGAAGUGUAUUCUUCCAUCUCCGGGCGGCCAGCUCCAUUCUCCCAAAUGCUCUCGUGAAGCUAAGCGAUUCCUUGCCCGUAGAGCUGCGAAGCUUUUUGGUAGAGUAUUACAUAUACACGGCCACGUUGAGUAUGAUCUCGAUGGGUGUGGAAUACAUCCCGCAGGUUCUUCUUUCUCCUCAGCUAUUGCAAGAAGGCCAGCAACUUGUCAAGAGUGGCUAUAUUGGAAACUUAUGCGGAUGCUGGCUUGGAAUUCUGCUUUUCAUCCCGAGAGUGUAUGAUUUGGGGCGUCACUGGUCGUCACAAGGGGCAGGUAAAACACAGGCCGACCUUGUCACAACAUUUGCAAUUCUCCAUUCAGAGAUUUCACGUUGGGAGCCUGAACCAAAUGUAUCUUCUGACGUAGCCUCCGUGGGGCGCAUCUUCAAAAACGCCAUGCUGCUAUAUCUACUUACUAUCCUCAGGAGCCCUAAUCGUGAUGACCACAGUAUCCAUGCGACGGGGAUACAGGAAGCAGUUCAGGAUGCAAUGUUCUACCUGGAGCAAUUGUCACCCACAAAACAGGUCAAUACGAGCUUAUGUUGGCCUAUCGCAGUAGUGGGUUCUUGUGCUAUGUGUACACAGCAGCAGGCGUCCAUCCGCAACCGAUUGAAAAUUAUGGCUGAGUCGAUUGGGCUGGGUAAUAUCACCAAGACUGGUGAUAUUCUCGAACAUAUGUGGCUACACGACGAAAGGGGCCCUUGGGGAAUAUCUAGGGCCAUGGAAAGAGCUAAAAUUUGGAUUUCUUUCGCAUGA